GUUCACAUGCGAAUCCUGCCUGCGAUUAUAGUCCAAAUCUGACUCAUUCUUGCCCACAUUCCUGAGUCGACCCCAUUGCUUUGUCCGUCGUUGCUCCAUUGCUGCAUGACCACACAGGGCUCUGCCACAGAGAGGAUUGCACCAAUACAGGCAAGCUUCUCCCUGGACUUUUCAAGUUUAUCAUCCUGGCCAGUUUGGAGGACCGAUGCGCAUGAGGAGAAAUUUGACUAACUAGGAAUCAGACUACGUUAUUUCCAGUCGUCUGAGCAGAGUGGAGGCCUCUUGCAUCAUAUGGCUGGAACCAAACCUACCAAAGAAGUCUGAAGAGAAAUUCUUCUGCUGGAUUUUUCCUGUUGCAUUUGCAGGACAGCAACUUGUUUUUUUUAUUUGAGUGACCUUAAACAACCUUCCUGACCUUGAGUGCAUACAACAAAACUAACACCAGGAAGACUUUUUUUGUGUCUAAGAUCCAAAGAUGGACCCCUUGACAGACAGUCCACGUGUGCGCUCAGAUAGCAUGAGUAGUUCAGCGUCUCAGGGCUCAAGGUCCAAGACGCUCCUCCGCCAUCGUUUGACCCAGCUGCUGACCUGCAUUGAGGACAUGAGCUCUGACGAUGAAGCCAAUGAAGAAGUGUCCCGCACACUGGAUGAAGCGUUUCAGCUUUGUGGGCGCUUUAUCCCCACUGACGCAUUCAGGUUGCACAUGGUGACCUGGAACGUGGCCACAGCGGAGCCUCCUGAGGACGUCAUCUCUUUGCUGCAACUAGACGUCCAACCCCCCACAGACCUCUAUGUGAUUGGCCUGCAGGAGGUGAAUGCUGCCCCUGUGAGGUUCUUCUCUGACCUGCUGGUGGAGGACUCUUGGAGCCACGUCUUCAUGAACACUCUGGCACCUAGAGGCUUUGUCAAGGUCACAUCAAUAAGGAUGCAGGGUUUGCUGUUGCUGCUUUUUGCCAAACAAAUUCAUCUCCCCUACAUCAGAAACAUCCAGACCACCUAUACUCGUACUGGCAUCUUUGGCUACUGGGGAAAUAAAGGAGGAGUGUCCGUGCGUUUUUCCUUCUAUGGCCACAUGGUGUGCUUCCUUAACUGCCACCUAGCAGCUCACAUGAACUACGCUCUGCAGCGUGUUGACGAGUUUGAGUACAUCCUGGAGACACAAGACUUUGACAUCUCUGACACCCCACAUGUCCUGGACCACAAGGUGGUCUUCUGUUUUGGCGACCUGAACUUUCGUAUCGCAGACCACGGCUUGCACUUCCUCCGCUCGUCCAUCAACAGCGGACGCCUUAAUUUGCUGUGGAACAAAGACCAGCUUAUCAUGAUGAAGAAGAACGAACCUUUCCUGCAGGAAUUUGAGGAAGGGUCAUUGAAUUUUAAGCCCACCUACAAGUUUGACCGUAACUCUGAUACCUAUGAUACCAGUGGCAAGAAAAGGAAACCUGCCUGGACCGAUCGGAUCCUCUGGCGGAUCAAACCCAAAGCCCCGCCUUCAGAGGAUGAUGAUGAGAAGGCAUCGACUUCUUCUGACGAUGGACUUGAUGAGUAUCCACUCCUGGUCACUCAGGAUAAAUACACCAGUGACAUGAGCUAUGGAGUCAGUGACCAUAAACCUGUCAUUGCAACCUUCAGUCUAGAGCUAAGGAAGUUCUUUGACACAGCACUGGUGCACAUAUCUCCUGAGGGUGUAUGGAGCGCCGACCAGAAUGCACUUCUUAACUACACCAUCCAAGAGGACUUCAUGUCCUCCACAUGGGACUGGAUUGGCCUGUACAAGGUGGGAUUCAAGAGUGCAUCUGAUUAUGAAACCUUUGUGUGGGUCAGAGAGGCUGAGUUGCCAGAGAUAAACGAAGUCAUACAGAUAUCGAUGGAUAAGGAUGAGAUCCCUCUGCUAGGUGGACAGUAUCUUUUGGGUUACUACAGUACAAACAUGCAAAGCAUUGUUGGCCUCAGUGCUGACUUCCAGAUUCUGGAGUCAAAGCGUGCCAUCAUGGAGGGCCUUGUUCCUGAGAACAUCAACGGGCUCAACAAAUAAGAAAUAAUCACAUCAGUGCCACAUCUUAUUCCUCUCCCCUGGAAAUUCACACAUAAUUGAUUCAGAUUUUCAGAUGCCCUAAUAUCGUUUUCUUAAUCUACAGGAUAAGCUGACUUAGUCGUUAAAGGCCAGCACACUGUGCCAUCACAUGGACCGUAAACUUGAAUGUGUUCUUUCUAACUUUGCCUUGAAGGAGUUCACUUCAAGUCAGAUUCACUCUUGCUGGAACAGUUAUAACCACAGGCCUUUUUUAAGAGCAGGAUACAUGAACAAUAAGUUAAGUAUUGUUUCUGAAAGUAGAGGAUAUGCAGCGCAGGUCAAUAGAGUCAAUACAGAAAAUAGAUAUUGCUUUGGUCUACACUCGUGCCAGUGCAAUUCUAUGUUGGUGCUGGCUGUUCUUCUUUAUCUGUAUUGCCAUAAAGCAGAAAUAUGCAUCUGGUAAUUGAGUCUUGCUAUGGAUUAUUUGCACCAACUAUCGGAUCCAAGUGUUUUAGGGUGGAAUUAUAAUGAUGAGAGAAAGAUUUAAAAUAUAAUGCACACAUGAAUUCCUCUAAGAACAUUUGAUGUAAGAUGUGGAUGUUGAUGUAGACCUGUCAAUGUCAUAUAUUGCUUUAUAACAAAUGUAUGCAAUAAUGUAAGUCUAAUGUGUAUCAUGACAGACUCUAAGGCAUAAUAUUAUAUAUUGAAUUUAAGUGGAUUUAAAGAUUUUAAUUAAUUAUUUAUCUAUCUUGCUCUAAAUGUCUUAACUGUAGUUUCUCACACUAGUGCAAUACAGGAUGCCUUUUCUAUUCCAAUGAUUGAUGAUUGUUGUCAUAGAAGUGUCAAAAUGUAUCUGUGUGUGUGUGUGUGUGUGUGUGUGUGUGUGUGUGUGUGUGUGUGUGUGUGUGUGUGUGUGUGUGUGUGUGUGUGUGUGUGUGUGUGUGUGUGUGUGUGUGGGAAAUGAGCAUUUAGAUUUAGUAAUCAAUGUAUUGAUUUGGUGAUGCCUACGUGAUUCUCUGUGUUUACGUUGGGGGGAAGUCAGAUCAGACUUACACUGUAAUACUUUCUCCUACAUGUGUGUGGAAGUGUGUAUAUUUGAUUGACUGAUGAAGUGAAUAAUGUCACAGCAACAGAACACAAUCAGUUUGUGUAUUUGCAUUACGUUAUCCGUUGUUGUAAAGACCGUAUAUGAAGUGAUGUGACUUCUUUUUAAAAUGUUCAAACAGGACUUCUGUUUUCCUCUUAAUGAAAAUGUGUUAAACCCCCCCCCAAAAAAAUGUUUGAAGUCUAAUUAAAACUGAAAAUUUCAAGCAGACUGUUAAGGUUUAUUGACAUAUUAAAUAAGAUUUGUGAUUGUAUCGUAUUCAUAAAAAUCAUACAACAUGUAACUAUAAGGUUAAUAACGGAUCAGUGGGACAAGUGAGAGUUCUAAGUAAUGUAAAUGACCAAUAAUUCAGCCCCUCCAGACAAAUAUUAAGACAUAUGGUCUGCGUGGAAGUGUGUCUGAUACGUUUCUUCCACAAAAAAUGAUAAUUUCCAUAUUAAAUACCUCAAAAAGGC